GGCACAGAAAGCUUCGGCUUUAAAUCGUACGUUCUAGCAGGACCAACAUCGAAACAAAUUCUUCCCUGGCUGGGGAAAUUUUUCAAGCAAAAAAGAGAAAUAAUGGUGUGGCAAAAUGAAGUACACUGGAGUAAGCGCUACUGCGACCUCCCAUGCCACAAAAUUGUACCACUCAGUAGAAAAAUAUUUGCUGCAGCUACAGGACCUAAAGAGGGUGUUAGGAACAUCCCUCCAGGCCAUGAACCCUUUGGCAGAUGGACAGAGCGGCAACCUCGAGCUUAUGGUAUUGGAACCUCAUUGUACGAAUGUGAUCCUGUUACAACCUACACUUCUGGAGACCCAAUUGCUGAUGUCUAUGCAGUGGUAGCUGGAGAAAACAGUAGCAUUCUAGCAUUAGCUGAUGGCGUAGGUUGGGGUGAAAAGUCAAGACUUGCUGCUCGUUGUGCUGUUGCAGGCUGUUUACAAUAUUUAAGCAGUCAUUUAUACACGGCAAACACUACUUGUGAUAUUUUGAGUAUUCUACUUAACGCAUUUCACCAUGCACAGGAGUUCAUCAAGGACAACAACGCAACAACAACGACUUUGUGUGUAGCUGUCAUUUGUCAACUUAAAGCUAGUGAAAGGUGGGGUCUCUGUGUAGUCAAUGUUGGUGACAGCCUUGCAUUUACAUACAAGACGAGUAAAGGUGUACAAGAAGUGACCAUCGGUUCACACUAUGACAACGAGGAAAGAGACAUGAGUAACCCAGGGGGAUCCCUUGGCCCUGUUGAUGGUUACAAUCCAGACUUGAGAAAUCUGACUUUCUCAUUUACUGUUCUUGACUCUGGAGACAUUGUCUUCCUCACAAGUGACGGCAUUUCCGAUAACUUUGAUCCCAUAAUUGUGCCGUGUACACUUUGUGAGAUUCCUGGCGACCAUGGCAUUCCCCAGCAUCAAGCAUAUGACCCACCAAUAGCGAGACACAAGACCAUGCUGGAUGACAUGACUAAGGUUAUCCAGGAAGAAGGACCUGAAGAUCAAGUAUCAGCGAUGGCAGUCUGUGCAAAGCUCAUUUCACAUGUGUGUAAAUCCACUCAGAAAAAGCGCUCUUUCCUGGAACAAGUCAGACGUGAUGAUCACAACCUGGUUGCAUCAAAUAAGGAAUUUCGCAGAGCUAGAGAGCAAAACAUUUCGCAGCAGAUGUGUGAGUUGCCAGGGAAGUUAGAUCAUGCUGCUGUUGUGGCAUUUGAGGUGGGCCACUUCUCUUCAGAACCGCUGAAGCUAGAACCGGGAGGGCAAGCUUAUGGUAAGCGAAGACAAAGCCUGUUCAAUGACCUUAUUUCUGGACUAAAAGAAAUUGCCAACAGGAGGGCAUCAGUUGAUGACCACUUGGAUCAACACGAGAUAUCUAGCAACAGUGACUCUUUUACUGAGCUUUACUGACCGUUUGGAAACUAACUGGUUCUAUUAACUCUAGCACAUUUAUUGUUAUAUUUAGUGACAUUGCAUUACAUGUGAUAAAAUGAGAUGAGUCUAAAAGGCCUUAGAAUUGGUAGUUAAAUUUGGAUUCCCAGUAUUUUCUUUUGUUGUAGCAGAGUUUCACUGAACAUUUUGGUUGUGGUACAUUAACCUUUAUAGCUAGUCUGCUGGCAGCCAGUUUUUCUCUAAGGGUCACUUGAAUGAGUGUUUAGCUAUCGUGAAUGCAAUGCUAUGGCUCUGGCUGAGUAGGGAGGAAGGUGAGACAAGAGCGGUAUGGCCAAGAAGGCUAAAGCAUCUCACCUCAUAACCUACGCUGAAUUUUGAGAGAAAAACAGACUAGUAGUAGUAGUGGUAGUAGAAUUUAUUGGAGAGGGUAACAUUUGACAGUAACAAAACUGAUAAACUAAUGGCCCUCGAAAUAAACACAAAAGCAGUCUAUUUAAAGCGGAUCUUUUAUAGCUAACCUCAUCAUGAUUGUGUGAAGUAAAUUUAGAGAUGUCAGUAUCAAACUACAAAAAAACUGGAUAUUAUAUCAUUUGGCACGUUUCGUUACCUAUUGUUACUUUCACAAUUUUACAGCAUCAUUUAAUUGUAGAACAAUUUUUAGAAAUUUUAGAAUAUGCUGAUUAGAAUUAAAUAUGAAAUCAUUUGUGCUGAACUGCUGAACCCUACGUCAGAUGAGUCACAGUAGACCUCUAGGAGGAUUUUUAACAAAUUAUAAAAUAUCGACAAUGCAAAGGGACUAAAGGGUUAACAAGAGGAACUGCUAUGCAGUACACCCAGUCCAAGUAGUUUUAGAGUUCUUUGUUGUUUUCUAGCAAGUUGAAGAGAUUUCUAAUUACAUGAACAUUUAAACAUUCAGUACACAUAGGUUGUUAGUAUUCAAUGUACAUUAUGUCUAUAAUUUUUUGUAGAUAGAAAAGAAAGAAUGUGUUAAAUCAUUCUAGUCUAGUAGGGAAAGAAAAAAUUACAUAUUUAAUUUGUGCUUAUUUGUAAUUAAGUAUAACAAAUUUAAAUUAUUGGCACAAUCAUUUAGCAUAAUUAUAUAGAAUUUAAUAUUUUUUCAAUAAUUAAAGAUUAUUUCAUUAUGCAGUGAUUUUUCUGAUCUUGAAAGGUAGAAGUUUGUAUAUUUUAUGUGUUUAGAACAUAGCCCAAAGAAAAUAUUCAUGGUGAUUAGUUGAAAAUCAGAAACACAGAAAAGUUGUAGUCA